CCUGCCACACCAACUUAUAAGAACUAUUUGCGUCCCUUCUUGUUCAAGCAAUGGAAGACUUCUAUCAGGAACAGAUUGCAUCGGAAGUCGCCUGAAAUUAUCACAGAAUGACCACUAAACCCUCGCGAUUGAUUCUCUACCGUGGCUGGCCAGACAAGGGCAAGUAUACCUGGUCGCCCUUCGUCACAAAGGUCGAGUUCCGCUGUCGCCAGGCUGGCCUACCAUAUCAGGUUGAAGUCGGCGGCGCGAAAGGUGCACCUAAAGGGAAGAUACCCUAUGUCGACCUCAGUCCGCUUCAGAGCGAUGCCUCAACAACCCCGGAUUUCCUGGGCGAUUCUAAAUUCAUCAUUCAACGAUUGCAGACCAUGGGCUGCCUACCAGACUUGAACAGCAAUUUGUCCGACGAGCAGAAGCUCAAUGAUCUUGCGAUUCGAGCCCUGUGUGAGGAUAAAUUGUAUUUCUAUCAUAUGCGUGAGAAGUGGCUCGAAAACUUCUACCUGCAGCGGGACAAAGCACUCUGGUCCAUUCCCUAUCCCAUGCGGAUCGUAAUAGGAUAUUUUGUCCAUCGCAGCAUCUCACAUACCCUGUAUGGCCAGGGGACUGGCCGAUUCAAUGAUGAAGAACUGCGGGCCUUGAAGACGGAGAUUUGGGAGUAUAUUGACAACGCUUUGAAACAAGGGCUUCGAAGAGCGUCUGUCAGCGAGCCAGCGUGGAUCCUAGGCGGCAAAGAACCAACAGAGGCCGAUGCAACACUUUUUGGAUUCAUCACCUCGGUUCUUGUCAGUAAAAGUAAUCCAGAAUCUCAGAGGCUUGUCAAGAGCUUUCCCAAUGUGAUCGACUAUGCAGGAAGAAUCCACGACCGCUUCUUCCCCGACUAUGAGAAGUGGGUAUAAUACUCGACAACCGGCGACUGUUUCGUUAAUCCACCUUCACACACGAGCACCAUUUCCAACAUCAAUGGUCCAUGGAUUCGGCCAUCACAGUCUCUGCUCCAUGCUUUGCGUCCUCUCGCGAUAUGUCUGACUUCUUGUAGGAAGGAUCCAUGGUCGUUUCAAUCUUUUUGAGAACCCGGGCAGGGUUCCCCGCAGCGACGUGGAAGGCUGGGAUGUCCUUUUGCGAAAUCAGAAGACACAAUGGAGGAAAGAGCCGGGUAUGGGUCAAGUACCUUGGUCACCACGCUCCCAGCACCAAUCGUACACCCUCUCCCGAUGGUUACCCCCGGCAAGACAAUGACAUUGCCUCCCAGCCAACAGUCGUCACCGAUGUUGAUCGGCUU